GGCUGGGUUUGUGUCUCCUCACAGAAACCAACCAGGGAUCAGCAGCUGGUGACAGGACAUAAGCAGAGGUACUGCCUGCACAUUCAUGAUUCAAACACAGUCUCGCAUCAACGUUUCAUCGCAUCAGCAGAAGCUCUUCAUCUGACAGAUAAUCAAGCAACAUGGACAUAUCAACAGAAUGGACUCCUUCUUUAUGGUUGGACACCUUUAAUGAACUGCUGUAUGAUGACAAUGAGCUGGAUUAUGGAGACCGGUGGACUCUCAACUUUAACUACAGCCUGACAAGCAUGGUCACCAAUGAGGAGAGGAAGAGAGGCUGGAAGGUCUUCACUCAUUGUGCCUAUGGAAAUUUUCAAUGUGCAUCCUGCAAAAAGACCUGGGCUUCAGCACGUGUGACGUUGUUGUUCCGGUACCGGCUGCUGAGGGGCCAGGGGACAGUGAUCGUGCGUCCCUUUGGUCAGGCCUGUCGUAGCUGCAGAAGCAACAAGUUCAGUCUCCCUGGUUUUGACAAGAAAGAAGUGGAACAUGCCCUGCACAGACAGUUUUUCAAAAUUCGGAAAAACUGCUACAGGGAGGAGGACGACAAAGAUAAUGAAAGAUAUUCAUCAGAGUCUGAAGUGAAGACCAAACCCCACGAGAAGACCCUGUGUCAGGCAUGUCAAAUGGGCCUUUGCUGUCGGGAUGACGAGGAUGAUGACUAGUGUGUGUGUGUGUGUGUGUGUCAAAGUGAGGUGUUCAGAGAAACUCUAUUUGUUUACCGGUUCCUGGGGUAUUUUGGGGGAUAUUUUACCCAUUUUGCUCAUGAACUUUUCCUUCAAAUUUUAAAGUUUAUGCUCUUAAGAACAUGAUAUACAUUUAUUUAUGGUUUUUCAUUGUAUUUUGUGUCUACUAAUAAAGUCUUGAUUCUU